AUGUCCAACUGCUGCAAAGAAGGAUUCAAGUGGAACGGCCAGGCCGUCGGCAAGGAGACCACUCUCGGAAAGAACCCAGCCUACGUCACUGGCGACAACAAGGAUGCUGCUGUCCUCAUUGUCUGCGACAUCUUUGGCUGGAAGCUGCCUAAUGUCCGCCUGCUCGCCGACCACUACGCAAAGGNNGAGGCCAAUGUCACCGUCUACGUGCCCGACUAUCUACCCCGCCAACUUGCUUGCAUAAAUUAUGCUUUUCACCAGAAUAUGUUACUAACACGACAAUCACAGCNNUUUGAGGGCGAGGUCGUCGAGCCCGAUGUGAUGGAGGACCCCGAGAAGCGCAAGAACUUCGACAUCAUGGCUUUCAUCGGCCGCAACGGCAAGGACAAGCGUUUCCCCGAGAUCACCGCCAACGCAAAGGAGCUCAAGUCCAUUUACAAGAAGGUGGCCGCCAUUGGUUUCUGCUGGGGUGCUUGGGCUGUUCUUCGUCUGGGUGCCAAGGGCUCAGCUCUGAUCGACUGCGGUGCCGUCGCUCACCCUUCUCUGCUCGAGGAGAGCGAGAUUGCAAACACUGCUGUCCCUAUCCAGUACAUCGUCCCCGAGACCGACCAGAUGUUCACUCCCGAGCUCAAGGAGUUUACCCUCAAGACUCUGCCUACGCUCAACAUCCCCUUCAACUACGACUACUACCCCGGCCUUGUCCAUGGUUUCGCCGUCCGUGGCGACCAGAACGACCCCAAGCAAAAGGAGGGUCUUGAGAGAGCCAAGAACUCUGCUGUUUACUGGUUCAAGCAGUUCUUGCACUAG